UUGUCUCUAUCUCACUCUGUGUCUCAGUCCGCCCUCUCCCUCUCUGUGUUGGUGCCCUCAAUCGGUGCCCACUCUCUCUAGCUCACCGUAAUCUCGCAUCGUAUGGUAAGGGUUUUGUGGGGAAAUUCGAUUGUGAUGAUGAGUUUUGUGAGAAAUUUGAUUUUUUAUGUGGGUUAUAUAUGGAGAUGGAAAUGAUUGGAUUACGCUGCUAUGGCUGAUCAAAGUAACUUUCGAGAUGCUGGAACCGCUGGUGAAUUGGAGGUUCAGGAUAAGACUACACUUCUUGAAUGGUUUGAUAAUGAGUACAAAAAGUUUGGAUGCACCUUGGAGUUUGUCACCAAUAAAUCGCAGGAGGGAUCUCAGUUCUGCAGAGGUUUUGGAGGAAUCAGAGGAAUCCUCCGUUAUCAGCUUGAUAUUCGAUCAUUCGAUGAGCUUUCUGAUGAUGGAGAAGUUUAUGAAGACUUUGAUUAGCAAUCAAUAAACUAUUACUCCGAUCCGGUGCAGGAGCAUGGGGCAAAAUCCUUCACCGUGUGCGUGAGCUCUCGCCCUUCUUUCUGCUCC